AUGUAUUCUGGCCGUGACUGGAAAUCUCUUGCGGCUGUUGCUAUCUUUGCAAUAGUUGGUACCAAAUGUGUGGAUAGACUUUACCAAAGCUAUAAUUCAAGCGGCAACCAGUCCAUUGAAGAUAGCUCUUACAAGAACCAUGGUGCCAAUCCUGGUUUGAAGACUAAUUAUGACCCAGAGCUUAUUCGCGAGCAACUGGCCCGUAACUAUGCAUUCUUAGGGGAAGAAGCGAUGGAAAAGUUGAAAAAUCAAUACAUUGUCGUAGUGGGCGCCGGUGGUGUGGGUUCUUGGGUGGUCACUAUGCUGGUCAGAUCAGGAAUUCAAAAAAUCAAAGUUAUCGAUUUUGAUCAGGUUUCUCUCAGCUCACUUAACAGACACAGCUGCGCAACCUUGAAAGAUGUUGGAACUUCUAAGGUAAAUUGUUUGAAGGAUCAUUUAGGCGAAAUCGCUCCAUGGUGCGAAGUUAUUCCCGUGAAUGAAUUGUGGAACAAAAACAAUGCCGACCGUUUGAUUUAUGGUGAAGACGGUCAGGAAAAACCAACAUUCGUGGUUGACUGCAUCGACAACAUUGAUACGAAAGUCGAUUUGCUAGAAUUUGUCUACCGCAACAAUAUACCUGUGAUUUCGUCCAUGGGGGCUGCUACAAAAAGUGAUCCCACCAGAAUAAACGUAGGUGACUUGACCACCACAGAGGAAGAUCCUCUAGCUCGCUGUGUGAGAAGACGUCUAAAGCAGAAGGGAAUCAUAAAGGGCAUAACCGUUGUUUUCAGCGCCGAGAAACCAGAUCCACGCAAGGCAUCUAUGCUGCCGUUGCCUGAAGAUGAAUUUCAAAGAGGCAAAGUUGAUGAGCUCAGCGCAAUCAAAGAUUUCCGCGUUCGCAUCCUUCCUGUUUUGGGAACCAUGCCGGGCGUCUUCGGUCUCACCAUCGCGACUUGGCUUCUGACAAAGAUGUCAGGUUAUCCCAUGGAGCCAAUAGAAGGCAAGAACAGAAUCAAGGUUUACGAUGGUAUAUAUCGAUCUCUGGCAGGUCAAAUGACACGUAUUGGUAUGCCCGAUCAACGCGUUCCUGUUGCACUCAAGGAUGUGGGUUAUAUUUGCGAAGAAGUUUUCCGUGGGAGAUCACCUAUAAGCGGAUAUUCGACAAGAUUAACACUGUCCAAGUGGGACCCAUCUCUCCCUGUGUCACCGCAGAACGUUGUCGUCAUGACGAAGGAUGAGCAAAGAAAUCACGAAGAACGCGUCCUCAAUGGCGGUGAAGAACUGUCCAAAGUAUACUCGAAAGAAGUUUUGGACAUGAUCUACAAAAGACUUGAGGAAGAAAAGUACUACUCUAAAUUCAGAUAA